UGCGCCCAGCGUCUCCUGGUGCUGCUCCUUUGGGGGUGAGGAGCACCAGCCUGCUACCCCCUCGUCCCAGCCCUUCCUUGGUUUCUUUCUUCUUCCAGACCCUUCUUGGAACAUAUCUCUGUGUUCCUGAUCUUACUGGUGCUUGUACAGUAAACCCAAGAUGGUCUUAAAGCCAAAUGAUUUUUACUAUCGCCUUUUUUUUUAAAGAUUUAUUUUUGCAUACAAGAGUUUGGGUGCAGGCCAGAUGUAUGGGGGUGAGAGGAUUCACCAGAGACCCAGUGGAGAGCAGAACUGGAGGAUGGACUGAAACACACUGCUGAGGGGAACUGCAGGGAGACAGGAGAGGUCUGCUGCGCCCUGUGGGUCAGCUCCCUGAACUCAGGCCCCAGUGGCUGGCAAUAGCUUGAUAGUGCUGAGAUUUUUGACCCCUGCGCCACCAGGCAGGCCCUGCCAUCGCUUUUUUAAUUUUUUUUUUAAAGGAAAGCUUCCAAAGGUCUUAAGGAGUCUGGAAGGGAAAAUAAGCUGCCUCCCUAAACUCAUCUGAGACUAGCCCCUUGAGAAAAUGUGCUCUCCUCCCCAAAGCCCGCCCCCAGACAGGCAGGGUUUUCUUGGGCAAGCCUGCUCCUUGGGACGGGAGGUGGUAAAACCUGUUUGGAAGUGAGGUUGCCUCCCUUCCACACCUCCCUCUGCGGAGGCCAGAACAACAGCAGAGAACAGGAUAGUGCCGAGAGGUGAAGCUCCCAGGACGGAAGGCAGCAGGCAGCGCCCAGGGACUGUGCAGAUGGGGAGCGCACAAGAGGCAGAAGGGACGCUUGAUCUCGGGGUCAGGGAGAAGGCAGAGGAGGCAGGGCCGGGCGGAGCCCUGAGCCUGGGGGAGCUGGAGCUGAAGGAGGAAUGGCAGGACGAGGAAUUCCCCAGGUUGCUUCCCGAAGAGGCGGGCCCUUCUGAAGAUCCUAACAGCGAUUCGCAGGCAGGUACCCCCAGCACGUUGGCCCUGGGUGGCCAGCGCCCCAUGCGGAAGCGACUUUCUGCCCCAGAGAUGCUGCUGAACCUGACCGAGGGGCCUGGAGCCCGCGGAGCCUCCCCCACCUCCUUUGAGCCUCCCUCCCCUGACGGCAGCUCCGACCUGGAGGUGGACGAGCUGGAGACCCCUUCCGACUCAGAGCAGCUGGACAGCGGACAUGAAUUUGAGUGGGAAGAUGACCUCCCCCGGGCCGAGGGGCUGGGGGCCAGCGAGGCAGCGGAAAGGCUGGGCCGGGGCUGCAUGUGGGACGUUGCCGGGGCAGAUGGGCGUCGCUGGAGGGUGUUCCGAACAGGACAGCAGGAGCAGCGGGUGGACAUGACCGUCAUCGAGCCCUACAAGAAGGUCCUGUCUCACGGAGGUUACCAUGGCGACGGCCUCAAUGCCGUCAUCCUCUUUGCUUCCUGUUACCUGCCCAGCAGCAGCAUCCCCAACUACACCUACGUCAUGGAGCACUUGUUCAGGUAUAUGGUGGGAACCCUGGAGCUGCUAGUGGCCGAAAAUUACCUGCUUGUCCACUUGAGCGGAGGCACCAGCCGGGCCCAAGUGCCCCCCCUCAGCUGGAUCCGCCAGUGUUACCGCACGCUGGACCGGCGGCUCCGGAAAAACCUUCGCGCCCUGGUGGUCGUCCACGCGACUUGGUACGUGAAGGCCUUCCUGGCGCUGCUCCGGCCCUUCAUCAGCUCCAAGUUCACGCGAAAGAUCCGUUUCCUGAACAGCCUGGGGGAGCUGGCCCAGCUCGUCUCCUUGGACCAGGUCCACAUCCCCGACGUGGUCAGGCAGCUGGACCAUGAUGCCCACAACUCAGGAGGGACCUAGCAGGGCCUGGAGUGAGGCGCCUGAGAGCCCAGCAGACGCCGCCUGCCUGCGCCAACCCCAAGCACCUGUGCUGCUUGUAACCUCCUGUCUUCACGCCAGCGGGGCCCUCCUCCUGGACCCCUGUUCAGGCCAGGCUCUGAGUCUGGAAGCCGAGGUGCUGGGGAUGUCCAUGUCAGCGGUCAGGGUGCAGGGAGCAGGGCUUCGUGUGGGAAGGUGCAUGAACCUUCCAGAACCUUCAUCUCGGGGGUCUCCUUUUCCUUCUCUGCAUCUAGGGCUGAGGGCCUUCCCCUCUGGGUGUUGCAGGUCUGCAGGGGGUGGCAGAGCGCAGGGUUUCUCUGAGGCGGGGAGCCCGCCUUCUGGGGCCGGGAGUCAGCGCCCGAAUUCUUGAAGAGCCCCCCAUUCCCUUCUUCCUUCUGGGUGGCGUCUGUUGCCGGGGAGCCGGGCGGGGGCGCCUCGCGGCCUGUGUGUGUGCCCCGAUUCCGCUUAAUAAACUGCCGUGAGCGA